CGAGGGAGUGGCUUAACGUAAGGGUAGUAUUGUAGUGCGGUCAUGUAGUUAAUUCGUUUCGAUAAAAAAAAACUAGUGCCGGUCGGAUAAUGGAUUAAAAUUAAUUUAAAAGUUAUCAUGACGGUGAGCUGACGAAGCCGCCAUGGAUGGCGAGAACAGAAUCAUCCUGAAUGUUGGCGGGAUCAGAUACGAAACAUACAAGGCGACGCUGAAGAAGAUCCCGGCGACGCGGCUGUCCAGGCUCACGGAGGCACUCGCCAACUACGACCCCAUCCUCAACGAGUACUUCUUCGACCGCCACCCUGGAGUCUUCGCCCAGGUCCUCAACUACUACAGAACGGGGAAGCUGCACUAUCCGACCAAUGUUUGCGGUCCUCUGUUUGAGGAGGAAUUGGAGUUUUGGGGGUUGGACUCCAAUCAAGUGGAGCCUUGUUGUUGGUCUACCUACAGCAUACAUAGGGAUACCCAGGUAUGA